AUGGAGGGUGCAUCCCGCCAAACGUCAAGGCUCCUCCGGCCUCGUGGUCAAAAGCUCCUUCCUCAACGUCUUCCACGAAGCUCCGCAGUGAGCGCUACACCCUUCACCCAGAUCCAACGACGAACUCUGUCAAAUUCCCCUCAAACUUCCGCCCCCGAUUCCAUUUUCAACGGCUUCAAAUCUGGCGGCGCGUACAAUGAUGGGCCCACCAGCUAUUUCUCCAACAGACAACCCCUCCCCGCGAACACCGUCGUGCGAUUCGUACCACAACAGACAGCAUGGAUUGUCGAGCGCAUGGGAAAAUUUGAUCGGAUCUUGGAACCAGGUUUGGCGAUUCUCGUGCCGUUUUUGGACCGCAUUGCCUAUGUGAAGAGCUUGAAAGAGGCAGCUAUUGAGAUGCCCAGUCAGAACGCCAUCACGGCAGAUAAUGUCACACUCGAGCUGGACGGUGUACUCUAUACACGGGUGUUUGAUGCGUACAAGGCAAGCUACGGAGUUGAGGACGCGGAUUACGCUAUUUCGCAACUCGCGCAGACAACUAUGCGUUCGGAGAUCGGCCAACUGACCCUCGACCACGUUCUUAAGGAACGCGCCAAUCUCAAUGUCAACAUUACUAAGGCGAUUAACGAGGCAGCUCAGGAAUGGGGUGUUGUCUGCCUGCGAUAUGAGAUCAGGGAUAUUCAUGCGCCGGAGAAGGUCGUUGCUGCUAUGCACCGUCAGGUCACUGCUGAGCGCUCCAAGCGCGCCGAGAUCCUCGAGUCUGAAGGUCAGCGCCAGAGUGCGAUCAACAUUGCCGAGGGUCGCAAGCAGUCUGUCAUCCUGGCGUCUGAGGCUUUGCGCGCUGAGAAGGUGAAUCACGCCUCUGGUGAGGCUGAUGCUAUCUUGCUCAAGGCCCAGGCUACUGCGCGUGGCAUUGACGCCGUUGCUCGGGCCAUCCAGGAGGGCGGCGAGAAUGCACGCAAUGCGGUCAGUCUCAGUGUCGCCGAGAAGUAUGUCGCGGCUUGGUCAAACCUUGCACGCGAGGGCACAGCUGUCGUUGUUCCAGGGAACGUCGGAGAUAUGGGUGGCAUGAUUGCCAACGCUAUGGCUGUCUAUGGCAAAGUGAGCGAGACACAGGCGCGGAGUCUGGCGAAGAAGUCUCUCGGUGUUGAGGAUUCGAAGUCAUCGGAUACCCCGCAGACUAGCCAACCAUCAACAGAAAGCCAUGUCCCGACCUAUUUCGAGGGACAGGCGCAGCAGAAAGCACAGUCGAACGUCGCACCCGAACCUGCGAUGGAGGGGUUCGAGGUUGCCGGCAAUGAACACAAGCAAUAA